CCGGGAGACGCGGACGCGGCUGCCUCGGGCCUCGGGGACCCGGGAUCCAGGACCCCUUCGGCCGCGCCGGCCGGGAAGGACUGAGGCCGCGGCCGCCCCGUCCCGGAGCCAAAAGAUGCACCCCAAGAUCUCUCCACCCCUGCUGCUGCUGCUGCCGCUGCUGCUGGCCCCAAGGCCUGGGGCGCAAGGCUGCCCAUCCGGCUGCCAGUGCAACCAGCCUCAGACGGUCUUCUGCACUGCCCGCCAGGCGGCCACGGUGCCCCACGACGUGCUGCCCGACACGGCCAGGCUGUACGUCUUCGAGAACGGCAUCACCACACUAGACUCCAGCAGCUUUGCCGGCCUACCGGGCCUGCAGUUCCUGGACCUGUCGCAGAACCAGAUCGCCAACCUGCCCGGCGGGGUGUUCCAGCCACUCGCCAACCUAAGCAACCUGGACCUGACGGCCAACUGGCUGCGUGAGAUCACCAACGAGACCUUCCGCGGCCUGGGCCGCCUGGAGCGCCUCUACCUGGGCAAGAACCGCAUCCGCCACAUCCAGCCUGGCGCCUUUGAUGCGCUGGGCCGCCUGCUGGAGCUCAAACUGCAGGACAACGAGCUGCGAGCGCUGCCCCCGCUGCGCCUGCCGCACCUGCUGCUACUUGACCUCAGCCACAACCCCCUCCUGGCCCUGGAGCCCGGCGCCCUGGACACAGCUAACGUGGAGGCACUGCGGCUGGCCGGCCUGGGGCUGCGGGGGCUGGACGAGGGGCUCUUGGGCCGCCUGCGCAACCUCCAUGACCUGGACGUGUCUGACAAUCAGCUGGAGCGCGUGCCGCCUGCCAUCCGGGGCCUGCGGGGCCUGACGCGCCUGUGGCUGGCCGGCAACACCCGCAUUGCCCAGCUGCGGCCCGAGGACCUGGCUGGCCUGGCCGCCCUGCAGGAGCUGGACCUGAGCAACCUGAGCCUGAAGGCCCUGCCACAUGAGCUCUCCGGCCUCUUCCCCCGCCUGCGGGUCCUGGCGGCUGCCCGCAACCCUUUCAACUGUGUGUGCCCCCUGAGCUGGUUUGGUCCGUGGGUGCGGGACAGCCACGUGGCCCUGGCCAGCCCCGAGGAGACACGCUGCCACUUCCCACCCAAGAACGCCGGCCGGCUGCUCCUGGAUCUCGACUAUGCCGACUUCGGCUGCCCAGCCACCACCACCACCACAGCCACCGCGCCUACCACAAGGCCCGUGACGGGAGAGCCCACGCCGCCGCCGUCCACCGUGGCUCCCACCUGGCUCAGCCCCACUGAGCCUGCCACCGAGGCCCCCAGCCUACCACCCGUCGCCCCGCCCACCGUGGGGCCUGCCCCCCGGCCCCAGGACUGCCCAAUGUCCACCUGCCUCAACGGGGGCACCUGCCACCUGGGGGCGCAGCACCACCCUGAGUGCCUGUGCCCUGAGGGCUUCGUGGGCCUGUACUGCGAGAGCCUGGUCAGGCAGGGCCCGAGGCCCAGCCCUGCCCCAGCUGCCCCGCGGCCACCCCAGCCCUUGCCCCUCGGCAUCGAGCCCGCCAGCCCCACAUCCCUGCGGGUCGGGCUGCAGCGCUUCCUGCAGGACAGCGCAGUGCAGGUCAGGGGCCUCCGCCUUACGUACCGCAACCUGUCCGGCCCCGACAAGCGGCCAGUGACGCUGCGGCUGCCUGCCUCGCUGGCGGAGUACACGGUCACGCAGCUGCGGCCCAACGCCACCUACUCCAUUUGCGUCAGGCCUCUGGGGGCCGGGAGGGAGCCUGAGGGCGAAGAGGCCUGCGGGGAGGCCCGCACGCCCCCCGCUGUUCGUUCCAACCACGCCCCGGUCACCCAGGCCCGCGAGGGCAACCUGCCACUCCUCAUCGCGCCUGCCCUGGCCGCGGUGCUCCUGGCAGCGCUGGCUGCCGUAGGGGCAGCCUACUGUGUGCGGCGGGGGCGGGCAGCAGCGGCUGCAGCCCAAGGCAAAGGGCAGGUAGGGCCGGGGGCUGGGCCCCUGGAGCUGGAGGGGGUGAAGGCUCCCCUGGAGCCAGGCCCCAAGGUGACUGAGGGCUGUGGGGAGGCCCUGCCCGGAGGGCCUGAAUGUGAAGUGCCACUCAUGGGCUACCCAGGGUCCUGCCCCCAGGGGCCCCUUCCGGCUAAGCCCUACAUCUAAGCCCACGAGUGUUGGGCCCGCUGAGGCCUGGGCUCUCAGCCCUGCUGGACCGGCCAGCGCCCUCCUGCUGCCAGACCAAGGAAGUUCUCAGUUCCCGCAACGAGGACGCACUGGGGGGCGUGACCGAAGCGUGUGCCUGCCCACGGUGGACCUUGGGCACCCAGGCGAUGACCUCUCAGGUCCCCCAGGCCCAAGUGCCUAUGAAGACAGCGCUGGCCCGUCCUCUGCCACGUGCAAUACCGGGGGCCGUGUGCCGGUAACACAGGCCCUGGGCGGCCAGGCACCCCAGCCCCAAGGAGACUCCGGGGCCAGUGAAGGAAGCACCCGGAGAGCGGAGGGAGUGGGGCUGGGCAUGGCCGUGCGGCCCUGGCCCCAGGAAACCGAGGAACAAAAGAAACUGGAAAGAAAGACACUCUAGGACAAGCCGUCUUGCUUUGCUCUCAGACUGUAUUUAUGAGGUCCCUUCCCAUUUUUUCUGGGAAAGUGUUUUUCAAUUUCAGACAAGGACUGGUUUUUGUAAGACAAACAAUGAUAUGAAGGCCUUUUGUAAGAAAAAUAAAAGAUAAAAUGAGACGAGGGUUUCUCUGGCCCGGCCCCAGAGUGCCUGGGUGCAGGUGGAGAGGAGACUUGUGGGUAUGGACACCUGCAUGAGCCCACUCCCUACCAGCCUCCCAGGCUCGGGGCUGCCGCAGUGGGGCCGGCCCAGGCAUCCGGCUCACGGGCAGGAGCAGGGGGCAGCCUCUCCCCACUGGCCCAACUCCUACCAGCAAGAGCCACUGGCCCCCAGUAAGAGGCUGGGAGGGUCUCCUCGGGCCACCUGCCUCCCUCCUGGAGGGGGAGCUCCUGGAGGACCCCGCCCAGGCGCCGCGGCUCAGGCUGGAGCUCUAAUGGCAGGAACCCCCUUGGGGUGAGGACAGAGGGGCAGAGUCGGGGCAGGCAGCCCAGGGACAAGACCAAAGGUCGGCUUUGGCCGGCAGAGGCCUGGCGAUGUCCCUUCACUCCCUGCACGUGGGAUGUGCCCGGGCUUUCCAGAAACCCCGGAAGUGGGGAAGUGGGAGUGUUUUCCAGGAAGGCCGCGGGCCGUGAUGGGGGCAGGGCGAAGGAGGCCGAGCUCAGCUCUGGCUGGGAACUUGGGGACAGUGACAAAUACAGCAGCUUUCCCUAUGCUCCUGGGGGUGGAGGGGAGGUGGGCAUGGGGCCAAGGAGAGGCCCUGCAAACCUGGAGCCAGCCUGCCCAAGCCCCAGGCCCAGGUUCCUCCGUGGGUCAGGGGUCACUGGCCCUCCGCCCCCAGCCUCACCCCACUGGGGGAAGGAGGCAUCCCAGCCAGGUCUGGGGAGCAGGCGCUGUGAAUAGGGGCGUUGGUGUCAGCGCCGAGUCAGGCCCGGCCACGCGAGGCUCUGGAAUCAAUUAGCGGCUGCUGAGGGUUCUGGCACGAGAAGGGAGGAGGCAGGCGUGG